AUGCUAAAAGGUAUCUACUUUCCGGUUGAGGUGUGGUACCUGAUCGCCGAGAAUUUGCACGCAGAAGAUUGGAUCAACUUGCGCGCCACCAAUUCUCAGCUUUAUCUGAUUUUCUCCGCCAACGAGCUCUGGAAACCGCUCGUGAUUGAAACUUGGUACAAAUAUACACACCACCAGGAUACCGUCAAAGACCAGUAUUGGCUCGGUCUUUACUACAAACACGUCAAUGCCGACCGUGUUCUGCGCAACAAACUUCAUUCUCUAGAGAACUUACAACACCAGCCCGGGUCGCAGGUCUGGAACGUGCUGAGUCCGGUUUUCGAGGACCCUGAUUUGUACGUUCCGGAGCUCGUUCGGCUGUCGCAACAUCUGAACACAAGCUACUUGAAAAACGGAGCAUACCACAAGGCAGAUUUCGAUAACCUGCUCACGUCGCGACUAAACAAUCUGCGCUGCAUCUAUCUGGCGAGCUCCGUGCUCCGAGCAAUCAGACUGUGCAAGAUGUUCCAGUACGAGUUUGACUACUUCCGCAGAGAAACGGACAACGAGAACUUUGAGACCUUGGAGGAUAUGCUGAUGCAUUUCUCGUACAUUGAUCCGUUCUUCUACGAGUUCUACGAAUACAGAGAACGCACACUCAAGUCGGUGGAGAAGGCGUACCGGGAAUUAGAGCUCGACAACACUGUCUCCAACACCGCCAAGGUCAAGCAAUUGGCGUCUCUGUUGCAAGAACAACUCUACCGCAAUUCCAUGGCCAAAACGCCGUUUCAAACAGAGCAGACCAGGUACAGGUUCUGUGAAGACUUCUGUCUGCUACGAGUGUAUGCCGGAGACGUUAUCGGUGCUCCCGAGUGUAUCCACGCCAUCAUGCACAAACUAUGCGACACAGUGGACAUUCCAGUGAGAGUCAACAAGGCCAACUUUAUUGUCGAAGACCCAACAGUGCGAGGAGGUACUUCUCACUUUAUUAUUUAUUCUUACAAGACGGUCCAGAUCAACAUCGAUGAGAUCCUCAACACCAGUUCGCCGUCCAUCGUCAACAUCUACCGCUCGUACAUCACGUGCAAGGAACUGAAGCUUCAUGUGGCCUCGCUAUUCUUCGAAGCGUUCAGCCUCAACCCGAGAAUACCAUCCACCAUCCACCCCCAAGCUUUAAAUGACGAUGAACUGCAUGUAUCUGCGCUGGGCGACCGAAUCCAGGGCCAAAUUCUCGGAUUCUACUGUGCAGACGACUUUAGUGUCCGUAUCUUCACCCGUUUCUGGAGUAUCCGAAUGCGUAACUGGAACACGAGACCUCGAAUCUUCGACACAGGACUGGUCUCUGUGUUUUUUCUAUCGAACCAGAUCGCUUUCUUGAGCAUUGGACUGAUAACCGUCUCGAGCAAGUAUCAAGAGCUUGCCAUGCUCUACGAAGAUCUUAAAGACAUGAUUUCCAAACAGUCAGGCAGAUGUAUAUCCAUGGACAUGGCACAUGGCGACGCAAACAAGUUCACCGAGAACAGAUACGAGUCGUUCGAGGCAGGACAGCUAGUUUUGCACCGGGGGAUUCAGCCUCUGCUGGUGCUUGGUUUUGAUUCGAGCGAAAAACCAGAGUCCUGUCGUUGCAUGAAGCUAACUGGUGGCAUCUUUAUUUCGUUGCCCCGGAAUCUUGUUCCGUUCUGCUAUGAUUCGUCGGAAUUCGACGCAGCAGUCAAACAGUUCGCCAUCUACGACGAGCUUGGAGCAUACUUCACCAAGUUUGACGAAAAAACCAAACGGUUCAUACUAAUUAAUAACGAAUCAUGA